UUAUCAGAUAUAGCUUUAGUGCGUACAUUUAAAUAGGGUAACAAACAAGUGUAAAACAAAAUGCAGUGAUUGUAACAGUAUUUGUUGAAAAUAUUUCAACGCUCGCUAAGUGAAUGAUCUAUUCCCGAUAUUUACAUUCUGUUCAGUUUAACCUUUUUGUAUGUGCGACAAGUAAAACUAACGGGGAUUAACUAUUUAACUAAUGGAACAAUCUGACUGGAGAUUAAAGGCUGGUCGUUAGGGACAACCCUCAACAAUGAGAUUAGAUUAACAGAUUAAUUAUGUACCCGUUCGUGAAAUCUAUAUACGGUUUUAAGGAAUAGUAACAUUAUUUUAUAACGGGACAUACACAAAAGGAUUAGAGGGAAUUUGAAUUACUCUUUUUUCUCUUGGACAAAUUUUGAUCUAAACUUUAAACAUGGAAUCCACGGAGGAAAGGAAACGGCGUAUUUAUGGUCCGAUUCGGAACCUCCAGGUGGAGGAGAUCCGGACUCGCCUGUCCAAGAGUUGUGUUUUGAAGCCGGGGGAAUAUAAUUACACCGACGAUAAACUGAAGGCAGUCAAUUAUGGUACUAGUUACGACACCGACUUCUCCGGCGCCAUUCCAGACCCAAGUAACAAACAAGAACAGAAAGGGCAGUUGACACACCAUUUUGAGCUGGGUAAUGACAGUGGUGCUAAUGUAGACGUAAAAACCUACCAAGACAGUACAACAAAGACCGACUUCCAGGAAAAGCCAUGGUGCAAGUUGGAGAUGGUCGAGGGCGACAAAAAUAUAAACUGGCCGGAUAUGGCACCUAGAUAUAUGACCAGUAGAAAGACGGAGAAUUCUGAAUAUGCUUCCAACUACAACCCCGGGCUAGAGAAGUCAUCCGGUAAAGCAGCACUGUUCCCUCGACUGAAUACCUCCAAGAUGCAGCUUCCCAUUGACCAGACACGCUUUAAGAGACAUCGUGGCACCAAUAUCACGCUUGGCAGUGACAACCCUAGUAUAUUCAGUGAGAGCCAGCGUGUGUAUGGGGUGGGGGACGCGGUCCAAGGUCAUUCCCUUGCCUUCUCGCCCGAGGAACAGGCUACCACCCAGGUCAGCAAAGCCAUGAAGGAACUCGGCCGGACGUCUCACGUCUUCAGAUACGGCGACUACGAUGGAAUCAAGGGUAACUACGAUACGACAGUUAAUGAUGAGUUUGGUCCGCGGACAUUACCCCCAGCAGAGACAGCUGCGCGGGCCCUAAAGGCUGCCGAUAAGGCUAGAGAACAAGCAGAGCUCAAAGGUGAGGAGCUUCCAUCGUCCAAAAUAGGGGUAACACUUCCCGACGACAACACGAGAACUAGCCACCUCGCAGCUUACGCCAGAGAUGUCAUCGUCCCAGAUGUCUUUAAGGGUGCUGCAGAUGGCAAGACCUAUCAGAGCUCAGCACACUUCAAGUUUGGACAUGACCCCACUACAUUACACAGUAUGUAUGGGAAGGACUAUGCUUUAGCGGCCAUGGCUAAGAGAGGACCUCCUCAGCAGACCCCCACCAAGGCUGCAGGCAAUAUUUUACAAAAUGAUCCUGCAUAUUCUGCAUUUGGUAGCACGAGUAACAACGUGGAUUACAGCUAUCAGCCUGCCCAGCCCUACAGGAAUGCAGAGGGGAAAACUCUAAUGGAAGUUAAUUUGGAUAAGAGAGAUCACGAUAAUAUCAUCAUGAGCUACGACCUCAACAGACACGCCCAGGACAGACAGAGGUCAUUGGCCCACUCAGACUAUGUGCGUCCUCCCCCAGGCUUCAAGGCUGUGGGACAGCUGUUUGAUGCUGGAGUCAGUUAUGAUUACCUCACACCCGAUGAUGCCCUUCCAUACCCAGGCCUCAACAAGAUGCAGUCAGAAGCAAAGAACAACUACAUAGGAACGUUUAUGACAGGUGGCCAUGCCACUGGAAGACGCCUCCAAAAGGAUGCACAGACCAGAUCGAGGCUGAGUGACGGCAAGAGCACACAUUUUGUGGUGGGGUACAACCCAACGGACUUUACAACAGAAACACAGAUAAAAUAUUUAGGUGAAAAGAAGAAUGACCAGGGGCUUAAACCUGCUGGUAAAACUGAGAAUGUUGCUCCUGUUAAGUUCACAUCUCUGACUAUUAGUGAAAACACUCAGGAUCUGAGAGCUGCUGACCCCAAAACAGUGAGCAACAACGAGAGUCUGAUGGCUAGAGCAGCCUAUGCCUCUCCACAGCCCGAACAUGCGAUGAGGACAUCGGUGAUGAAGGCAGACUUCAAACCUCUCCCAGAGAGACGAUUUACUGACGCUCAAGUUCGGACGAUGAGGGACAUGAACACGAAAGUUGGCAAGGAGAUUGCCACGACACAUCUCUUCCACACCGAUAACUCGGGACGAAACAACUUCCAAACAACGGCAAUGAAUGAUUUCAUCAAACCCGAGACCAUGACAGGUCAGAAAUUUUUGGCUGCAAGGUAAUGGUGAUAGAGAUUGCACGAUGACGUGUGUCAGUCUACUACAGUUGUGAGAGAACAAGCAAGGCACACUUCUCAACUGUGGAACACAAUACACCAAUGUAGUAGUCAUUUUAGUCUUUGAUAUAUACAUCAUGUACCAAGUACACAGAAAUAUCCUAAUAUAGAUAAGUUGUAAGUACAUGAAUAUUGUGGUAUACAAUAUGGGCCCACACCAGACAUCUAUCUGUCAAAAUGUCUUGUAGUCUGGUGUCAGGGCCAGAGGAAACUCAGGCUACAUUGUCUGCUUGUAAUGAGCACAAAACUGUCGUGAUAUAUAGAUAUGUGAAUCGAGUACAAACAUAUUGUGAUAUUUAGGUGUACGGAGUGCAGGAAUAUUCUGAAACGGAUACACGUGAUGAGUACAGAAAUAUUAUAAUAUAGACAGGAACUGAUUAGUGAAAUAUUGUGAUAUACAUGUCUACGUGUAAUGAAUAUGGAAAUAUUGUGACUGAGUAUAGAAAUAACUGAUGGUGUACCAAUUGUGGAAAUAUUCCUAAAAAUACCUGAAAAAAGUACAGGAAUACUGAAUACGAGUAUGGGAUUUCUAAUGAAUUUAUGUGUAUAUAUAGGAACACUGUCAUAAUUCAAAAUUGAUUUACCUUUAUAUACAGAUUAAGAAACUCAACUUUUCCGGAUCAACAAUUGACCUAAUAUUGAUGUGUUGUAUGCAAAUGCUGUCAUAAUGUUGUAACUUUAUUCUUAGUGUAUAGAUUUAUUUAUUCUUUGUUACAUCAGUGUUAUUAUAUGUGAUGAGAAAAUUAACAAUAAAUUAUGGUUAAAGUUUAUAUUAUAUACCACCUCAAACAUGGAAAUAUAGAGCUUAAAAUGAAAUAAAAUAUGAUUUAUUUA